AAGGGGCAAGGAAACAACAAUCAAUACGGGAAUUCCUACAACCCAAAUUGGAGGAAUCACCCGAAUUUCAGGUGGAGUGACAACCCAGGUAAUCAGAAACAGAACUAUCAGCCAGCACCUGCUCCUCAAGCACCCACGAACAGUAUGGAAGAGAUGAUGAAAAAGAUGAUGGGUGAUAUGCAGAAGAUGAUGAUAGACCAGCAGAAGUUGAUAGCAGAUAAUCAGAAUCGCGAUUUGGCUGUGCGAAAUUUAGAGAGGCAGAUGGGACAGAUAGCUGGUGCACAAAAUACUAGACCACCUGGAGGACUUCCAAGUGAUACGGAUGUGAAUCCCAAGCCUUGUAAUGCUGUGACUCUUCGAAAUGGGAGAGAACUAGAGGAAGUGGCUCCGAAGAAAACCAGUCGAGUAGAAGCUGAAAAAGAGAAGAUUACCGAGGAGAUGAUUGAAGAAGAGAGGGUAGUCAAGACACCAGUGGCAAAGCAGCCACAGCCCGUGGUUGCAAAGCCACCACCUCCAUUCCCUCAACGUCUGGCAAGACAGAAAGAAGAGGCUACUUACAAGAAGUUUCUUGAUUUGCUUAAGCAGGUACACGUGAAUGUCCCAUUGGUUGAUAUGCUGCAGGGUAUUCCAAAGUAUGCUAAGUACAUCAAAGAUAUUGUUGCAAACAAAAGCCGAUUCACAGAGUAUGCCACCGUUGCACUUACUGAGGAGUGCACUUCGCGGAUUCAAAACAGGUUGCCCACUAAAUUGAAAGAUCCCGGAAGUUUCACGAUUGAGAUUUCUAUUGGGAAGCAGGUUGUUGCUCGAGCACUAUGUGAUCUUGGUGCAAGUAUAAAUCUGAUGCCUUCAUCUAUCUUCAGAAAGCUAGGUUUGGGAGUGCCCAGACCAACCACUAUAGUUCUUCAGCUGGCGGACAGAUCGUUAGCAAGACCAGAAGGCAUUAUUGAAGAUGUAUUGGUGCAAGUGGGGUCGUUGAUAAUUCCUGCAGACUUCGUGAUUUUGGACUUCGAGCCAGACCCGAAAGUCCCAUUUAUUUUGGGGCGUCCAUUCUUGGCCACAGGGAGAGCACUUAUUGAUGUAGCUGCCGGGCAGCUCACCAUGAGAGUACAUGAUAAAGUUGAGGUCUUCAAUGUAUACCAAGCUCUGAAGAUGCCUGCAAUCUAUGAGGAGUUGUCCGCCAUUACUAUUCUGGAUAUGGCGAGUAUUUAUAUUCGGGCAGGCGAGUUUGAGCCUUUAGACAGAACAAUGGGAGUAACUCCGAAGUUAUCAAUUGAAGAGCCUCCGAAGUUGGAAUUGAAGCCCUUGCCCGCCCAUCUUAAAUAUGCAUUCUUAGGCGAGGGUGAUACCUUGCCAGUGAUAUUGGCAGCAGAGUUGACCACCGAAGAGGUUAGUAUUUGUUUGGAAGUAUUGAAGUCUCACAAAAGGGCAUUGGGGUGGCAGAUAUCUGAUAUUCAGGGAAUUAGCCCCGCGCUAUGCAUGCACAAGAUACUCAUGGAGGAUGAUCAUAAGCCUAGCGCACAGCAUCAACGGAGACUGAAUCCGGUGAUGAAGGAGGUUGUCAAGAAAGAGGUAAUCAAGUGGUUAGAUUCAGGCAUUAUUUUUCCCAUUUCGGAUAGCAAGUGGGUGAGCCCGGUGCAAUGUGUCCCGAAGAAAGGAGGGAUGACAGUUGUGACAAAUGACAAAAACGAGCUCAUUCCUACUAGAACAAUCACUGGAUGGAGAAUUUGGCUGGAGGUUGAUCGUGCUAAAGUGGAGGUCAUUGAGAAGCUGCCACCCCCUGUAUCAGUCAAGGGUGUGCGCAGUUUCCUCGGGCAUGCAGGAUUCUAUAGACGCUUCAUAAAGGAUUUUUCGAAGAUCUCAAGUCCGAUGUGCAGGUUACUUGAAAAGGAGGUGAAAUUCCUAUUUGAUGAUGCUUGUAUUAAGGCCUUUGAAGGUCUAAAGAAGAGAUUGGUAACUGCACCAAUAAUCAUUGCACCUGACUGGAACUUGCCAUUCGAGUUGAUGUGUGAUGCAAGUGACAAUGCUGUGGGGGCUGUGUUGGGACAGCGACGAGAGAAAGUUUUUCAUUCUAUCUACUAUGCUAGCAAGAUGUUAGACGCUGCCCAAAUGAAUUACACUGUAACAGAGAAGGAGCUGCUAGCUGUGGUUUAUGCGUUUGAUAAGUUUCGGUCCUAUCUUGUUGGGACACAUGUUAUUGUCUAUACAGACCACGCAGCCAUUCGCUACUUGUUCAGCAAGAAGGAUGCUAAACCCAGGUUGAUUCGGUGGAUUCUCCUUUUGCAGGAAUUUGAUAUUGAGAUUAAGGAUCGUAAGGGAGCUGAGAACCAAGUCGCAGACCACUUGUCUAGAUUGGACAACCAUAAUCAUUUUGUGGAGGAUGUCCAAAUUCGAGAGUCGUUCCCUGAUGAGCAGCUAUUUGCUAUUCCUGCUGCCGAAGUCCCAUGGUAUGCUGAUAUUGUGAACUUGAUAGUAAGUGGGGUGUACCCCCCAGAAGCCACCUCACAACAGAGAAAGAAGUUGUAUCAUGACUCCCGAUUUUAUAUAUGGGAUGAGCCGUAUUUAUUCAAGCAAGGGACUGAUCAGUUAGUGCGGAGAUGCAUUCCACAGACCGAGGUGAGUCAAGUGUUGGAGAGUUGUCAUUCUUCCCCAUAUGGAGGGCACUUUCAGGGUGAUCGUACUGCGGCUAAGGUAUUACAAUCUGGCUUCUAUUGGCCCACUCUUUUCAAAGAUGCUCAUGCAUUUGCUAGAAGUUGCGACAGAUGUCAACGAACGGGAAACAUCUCUAAGAGGCACGAGAUGCCUUUGACAAACAUAUUGGAGGUAGAGAUAUUUGACGUCUGGGGCAUCGAUUUUAUGGGUCCCUUCCCACCAUCCUUCGGUAACAAGUACAUUCUGCUUGCUGUCGACUAUGUUUCAAAAUGGGUAGAGGCAGUCCCUCUUCCAACCAAUGAUGCGAAGGUGGUGGUGAAUUUUGUGCGAAAGAACAUAUUCGCAAGGUUUGGAACCCCGCGGGCGAUGAUUAGUGAUGGUGGUGCUCACUUCUGCAACAGUUUGUUGAAGAACCUUCUAGCAAAGUAUGGGGUGAAGCAUAAAGUCUCUACAGCUUACCACCCACAGACAUGCGGACAGGUAGAGGUCUCGAAUAGAGAAGUGAAGCAAAUCUUAGAGAAGACCGUGAAUGCUCAGAGGAAGGACUGGGCAAUGAAGUUGGAUGACGCCUUGUGGGCGUAUCGCACAGCAUAUAAAACCCCCAUCGGAGCGUCUCCUUACAGGUUAGUUUAUGGGAAAGCGUGUCAUCUGCCGGUUGAAUUAGAGCAUAAAGCAUAUUGGGCAAUCAAAAAGCUCAAUCUUGAUAUGAAUCUAGCGGGAGAGAAGAGAUUGCUCCAAUUACACGAGCUUGAUGAAUUCAGACUAGGGGCGUAUGAGAAUGCAAAGCUAUACAAGGAGAAGACUAAGAGAUGGCACGACAAGCAUAUCCAACAUCGUGAGUUCGUGCCAGGGCAGCAGGUACUACUCUUUAACUCGAGGUUGAGGUUGUUUUCGGGAAAGCUUAAGUCCCGUUGGUCUGGACCAUUUGUGGUGACUAGAAUCACACCCCAUGGUGCGGUCGAGAUACAAACCAUGGAUGGGGUGCGCAAGUUCUUGGUGAAUGGGCAGCGUCUCAAGCGAUAUUGGGGUGGUGAUUUUGACAAAGAGAAGGAGCAAGGCGAAGGGAGGCACGGGAACUCGAAACGAAUGCAAAACAGUAAGAAUCGAGAUCCAGGUACAAUGGUGACCAAGGGAAAAGGUAAAGUUGACGAGUCAGGCCCCUCACAAGGUUCCAAGAGGAGUAGAGGGGGCAAGCACACCGCUACUAAGAAAGGGGCAACAACUCGUAGUGGCAAGCAACCAGUGGUCCCUAUCCCUCGGGCUUCUUCCCAGAGGCCGCGGCCCACCUUCCACGGGACUGGUUUGGCAGAAGAAUGGUACAAAGAGUUCCCUCUGGCUGAUGGAUAUGUGCAUGAACGGGCUGUCAAUAAGGUAGCAUUGAAGAAAAAUUUCAGGGGAAUUUACAAUGAAAUAAUCGGAAUGGGCUGGAGCUCGGUAUUUGAUAACCCAGGGCCGGUAAACAUUGACAUGGUUCUGGAGCUUUACUCCAACAUCAUUUUGGCAAGAUCAGAGGGUGGCGAGCCUCAUCAUUCGGUGAAAUUGAGAGAUGAAUGGGUGCCGUUGACAGCCUCCACUUUGUGUGCACAAUUGGGAGUUCCCGACCAUCCCGUGGAGCCAUUGCUUGAGUUCAUCAAAAGGCCUGACUAUAAGGCCAUUCGAAAAACCUUAUGUGGGCCUGAUUCCAAGGCCAAGUGGGCAAGAUACAGAGAGGACCCUAGGAAGCACAAGACUAUGCUAAUGGGUGAUUUUAUGAAGGAGGCACGAGUGUGGCUAAAACUGCUCAACUACCGCAUUAUGCCACUUGACCACUUCACUACCGUGUUGAAAGAGAGAGUGGCCAUCGUGUACUUCUUCUUGACGGGGCAACCUGUCAACCUUGGAUACUGGAUGCUUCAGGAUAUGAUCCGCAUCAGAGAGGGCAAAUCCCUUAAGCUUAGCUUCGGUAACACACUUACAGCAUACCUGAGGAGGUUGGUCCCGCAUUUGGAGAGUAAGUAUGACAGGGUGCUUGAGUGCCCGGAUAAUAUGAUUGACAUCUCUAAUGUCAAGUCCCCUGAUCAGAGCACUAAGCUUAACUUGACUCCAGCCCAAGAAAGAUCGGCUCAGUCUACUGUAUUGGCACAGAUCUACAAGAUUGCGAUGAUAGCAAGUGAGCAAUUUGAGUUAGACCUCUCCAGUGUGUUUGCGGAGUGUCCUCACACCACCCACUCACGGAUUCUAGUUGGAGAGGAGGGCAAGUUGCCCGCUGAUGAGGACUUGUGCUCCGCUGACCUCAUAGCAGCCGAGAUGGAGGAAGGUAGUGAAGAAGAAUCUCAAGCACAAGAUGCUGACGAUGAGGAGGAAGAAGAUGCCGAGCCGUCUGAUGGCGAGGCUGAGUCUGAUGAGGAUGACGACUAG